AUGUUCAGUUUUUAAUAACAAUCGUCAAUCACCAGUAAAAUUAAAAACUAUUUGUAAAUUGUAAGUCAUUCAUUUGUUUGUUUCUUAUUUACUGUUACUUAUAAUUUAAGACUGAGCUAACGUCUGAUAAUUUAAGAAGUAAUUUUGAGAAAGUUUUAUUUAUGGUAACUAAAAUGCCAGAAGGAGAAUCAGAGCCAGUUUCACUUGUGACAAUCAAAGAGCCAGUUGAUUUAAUUCGCCUUAGUGUUGAUGAACGAAUCUAUGUUAAGAUGCGCCACGACCGAGAAUUACGUGGUCGACUUCAUGCUUUUGAUCAACAUUUAAACAUGGUAUUAGGAGAAGCUGAAGAAACUAUUACUACAAUUGAAGUAGAUGAAGAAACAUUUGAAGAAGUAUAUAAAACUACUAAACGUACUAUACCUAUGUUGUUUGUUAGAGGGGAUGGGGUUAUACUUGUGUCUCCUCCUUCUACUACAUCAUAAUGUAUUUUUAUUUAUCAUUGAUAUAAUAUACAACAGCCAACUUGUAUAUGUAACUAUUUUGUCAAAUUGUGUUUAAAAUAAAUAUUUAAUAGAUUAARUUCUAAUAAUUAAAAAUAUAUAUAUAAAAUUAUAUUAUUUA